UUCAAUCUCUGUUCAUCAUUCUUCUUUACCCAUGUAAGAAACUUUUGGACUUGAUUAAAUCUUAGAAUAGCUGAAAGUGUUGGAACUUAGAUAUUCUUCCUUAAACUUCACUGAUUAACUCGGCACACAGGAAGCCACCAUACGAAAGAUAAUGAACUGGAUUCUAUUGCUUGUGAUGAUCUCCUUCAUAGAACUCUCUGAGUCUGAGAGGGAAAUGGAAUAUUUUAGUCCAAGGAGCUGCAAAGAACUCAUGGAAAAAUAUAAAACCAAGGAAGAUGGUCUUUACUACCUGACUACUCCAAGUGGGGUGGUCUACCAGACCUACUGUGAUAUGACCACUGCUGGAGGUGGCUGGACACUGGUGGCCAGUGUGCAUGAGAACAAUAUGUAUGGGAAAUGCACUGUAGGUGACCGCUGGUCUAGCCAGCAAGGUAAUAACCCAAAUGUACCCAAUGGAGAGGGAAACUGGGCUAAUAGAGUCACAUUUGGAACUGCAGAAGCUGCUACCGGUGACGACUACAAGAAUCCUGGUUACUAUGAUAUCACAGCGCAGGAUGUGUCUGUUUGGCACGUUCCUAAUAACGAACAGCUGGACCGCUGGACCCAAAGCUCAUUCCUGCGCUACCACACCGAGACCAACUUCCUCAAUAACUAUGGAGGAAACCUCUUUCAGCUGUUCACGCGUUACCCUGUGAGGUACAAUGGAGGAUCAUGUCCUUCAAACAACGGUCCCUCCAUUCCAGUGGUGUAUGAUGUUGGAGAUGCUAAAUCCAACCAUAACUUGUAUGGACCACAUAUUAGAGGGACUGCAGAAGCUGGCUUCAUCACUUUCAGAGUGUUCAACUAUGAAAAGGCUGCCAUGGCCAUCUGCUCAGGCAUUAAACCCAACACCUGCCACUCAGAACACGGCUGUGUGGGAGGAGGAGGGCAUUUCCCUGAGGGAGCUCCGAGGCAGUGUGGGGACUUUACAGCGCUGGACUGGGACGGUUAUGGAAGCCACACUGGCUGGAGUGCGUCCAAGCAGCUGACUGAAGCAGCGGUCCUGAUCUUCUACCGUUAAAUACUGCGAUUCAGUCACGACGAGGACAAACACAAGAUUCACCGGCCUGCUUUCCUCAUCAUGUUUUUUACUCAUAUUUCCUUACAUAUGCACAAGGCUCCUUUUAUUGUUGGAUCAGUAAGCACUUCUAACAAAUAAUAGAAUUGUUUGAGUAACAAUAAAACAUGUCUAAUGUAUU